AAUCUCCACUAGUUUCUUGCUUCCUCUCUAGAGUAAAAUAGUGUGGUACGCCCUGGCAGAACCUGUGACCAUGGGUAGCUACGGUGCCUGCCAUUCUCCCUCUCCCUCCUCCCCAGGGCUUUUCCUUCUGAAAUAAAUAAACAUCACUUAUCCAUGUCACAGAGGAGUAUAGCUUCCAACCUCACAAUAGCACAGCUUGCUGGGUCCUUAGAGCCCCCCUGGGGACCUCCUGGUUGCGUAAUUAUAUCCUCCCUACUCAAGGGUAGAGAUUUGUGGGCCCACAGGAUGGAAACUGACUACCUGAAGAGGUGCUUCGGAAAUUGCCUGAGCCAGGCACUGGCAGAGGUGGCGAAGGUUCGGCCCAGUGACCCCAUAGAGUACCUGGGUCACUGGCUUUAUCAUUACAGGAAAACCGUUAAAGCAAAAGAAGAGGAGAGCCAACGGGAGAGCCAGUUGAAGGAAGAACAGGGUAAUAGCCUCAAAGAAACCGCAAUGACAGAAAUGCUGAACCAAGAAGAAUGUCACAUUCAACAGAAGUGUGAAAAGUGUGACAAGCCACUGACAUCUGUAGCUAGUUCCACAAAGAAGACCGCAUUCAUACAAGAGAACACAAAACCCCUUGAGAAGGAUGCCUUGAAGCAGGAAGCUCUGCCAGGUACUUCCAAUAUGAUUCCAGGAAUGCCUCAAUAGAGUCCCUCUCCAGAGUCUUCUGUCCAGACUGGCAACUGUGUCAAAACUCCCCAAGAAAUAAAUUCCCAGGCUCUUCAGCAUGAAAUUGCUACUCAAAUGCAUCCUGGUUCCAAAUCUCCUUCUUAAGUUACCAAAAGGUGGAUGAUUUUCAUGAUGCUUGUUGUGGAAGGAGGUGUCUUACAGGAACGGACUCUCCAGCUAAAGUUCUGUUCUGGUGGCCUUGAUAACCCUUACUCAUGUAAGCAUUUGAACUACUGAUAGGAUAAAAUAAACUCAUAAGAAUUUCAAAUUUUUUGAGAUUAGACAGUGGAAACACAUCAAUCUCACAUGUUCAUGUCUCAGUUUUAGGUGAACCCUCCAGUCAGGCCUAGAGUGUUUAUACAUGUCCUAGAGUGUAUCUGUGUCACUGAUAACAGGUAUUUUAAAGCAGCUCCAAGGACAGUAAAGCUCAAAGGGAGAGUGUUAUGGCCACACACCAAGAGGGUAUUAAAUGGUUAUUACUUCCACGAUGAGGCACUUGGGCUUCCCAAGCUGGCUUGAAAAUGGCUUGAGGUUGCAAGGAAAGGACACUGGCUUAGGGUUUGUAUUUCCGUCAGGGGUGGACUCAGGUAGGAGCGCCCAUCCUUGGGGAGAGGCUUGCCUGGCUUAAAACUCUCACUGUGCCAACAGUGAGAGCACUGUUGGGAGCACCUGAGUUUAUCAGCUUGCCCAGAUGUGGGGAGGAGGGAGAGUUGACGUCUACAAGCUGUCAGCGGACAGACACCAAAAAAUGGAGUCUGACUUUAUCACAAAGGGCCAAUCUAGGAAAAACUCUCAGUGGCCUUGACCCACUUAAUCUUUGAGUGAAGCACUCUGGGAAGGUACUGAGGUCCUUCUAAUUUGCACCUGGUGGGAAGGCAUUUAGCCACACUUUCCAGAGUUGCUGGAAAAAGCCAAAAGAUCCAAAAACCCACACAAAGAAGCCAAGAGAGCUUUGUAGAGGGCCCCGGUGGUACCUGCAGCAUCCCAGGAGAAAGGUCAAAUCUGGGAAGCCAGUCCUCUGCCUGAGAGCGGUUAUCUCUUGGACAUCACAGCCUGUGAGAGGGAAGUCAUAACUUCUGCCGACUUUAAGGGAUUCCAUACUUUUGCCUUUUAACAUUCUUUGGCCCCAGCCUUUGGUCACAUCCCUGGGCGGUGAAAAUGUAAUCCAUCUUACUAGUGUUUUGUUGCACUGUUGCCAAGCUUGGCUUGUUUGCUGUUAUUUUGUUACUGAAAAGUUGUUACAGUGCACUUCUUGUGCACAGAUCUUAGGAGGUCUCUGCUGAUCUGUCUAUGGAUUGCUAAAUCAAAAGAUAUUGGCAUUUUGGGGAUAAAAGACAUGAACAGACAUUUCAUGGAAGAGUAUAUACAUAAGAUAAAUAAGCACAUGAAAAUAUGUUCAACCCCAUUAACCAUUACAGAAAUGCAAAUUUAAAUCACAAGGAUGCAUCAGUAUACAUCUGUCAGGAUAGCUGGAGUUAAAAAAUAGUGACAGUGGGGGCGCCUGUGCGGCUCAGUUAAUGGAAUGUCUGACUCUUGAUUUUGGUUCUGGUGGUGAUCUCGGGGUUGUGGGAUUGAGCUCUGCAUCAG